UAUUUGAGAAGUGGCCAAAAGAGGGUCCCAGUCUUCACUGAGUGAGACUUGCCUGCUCCCCUGUGCCCUGUCCUCUCUGCUCUCCAGCAUGGUGUAUCUGUGUUUCCUUGGAGGCUCCUGGAUGCCAGCUCUGACAUUGAUCCUGAUGGUGCUGAGCACUCCCUUGGCAUGGGCUAGGGACACCCCACCUCACUUCAUGGAGAUGUUUAAGGGCGAGUGCUACUUCACCAACGGCACGGAGCGGGUGCGGGCUGUGGUCAGAUGCAUCUAUAACCAGGAGGAGUACGUGCGCUUCGACAGCGACGUGGGGGAGUUCCGGCCGGUGACGGAGCUGGGGCGGCCGGACGCUGAGUACUUCAACCAGCAGAAGGACUACCUGGAGCAGACGCGGGCCGCGGUGGACACGGUGUGCAGACACAACUACGGGGUGUUGGACAGCUUCCUGGUGCAGCGACAAGUGGAGCCUACAGUCACCGUGUAUCCUACGAAGACCCGGCCCCUGCAGCACCACAACCUCCUGGUCUGCUCUGUGAAUGGUUUCUAUCCAGGCCACAUUGAAGUCAGGUGGUUCCGGAACGGCCAGGAAGAGGAGGCUGGGGUCGUGUCCACAGGCCUGAUCCGAAAUGGAGACUGGACCUUCCAGACCCUGGUGAUGCUGGAGACAGUUCCUCGGAGUGGAGAGGUCUACACCUGCCAAGUGGAGCACCCAAGUUUGACGAGCCCUGUCACCGUGGAAUGGAGGGCACGGUCUGACUCUGCACAGAGCAAGAUGCUGAGUGGAAUCGGGGGCUUCGUUCUGGGUCUGCUCUUCCUGGUGGUGGGGCUGUUCCUCUACUUCAGGAAUCAGAAGGGGCACUCUGGACUUCAGCCAACAGGACUCCUGAGCUGACGUGGAGAUGGUGACACUCCAGGAAGAACCUUCCUCUCCAGCUUCUUCACAGAGUGAAAGUCUUCCAGCUCUUAUUCUUCCCCAAAUACAGUGCUUUCUCAGGAUCUGGCUGGCCCUGGCGUCAGUGACCCUGCAGAAGCUGUCCUCCCUGUGGCUCCCUCUGCCGUGUCCCCCUCUGCCGUGUCCUUGACCUGGAAGCCCCAGUGUGACUGUAGGACCUCAUCUGUAUUCUCUCCCGGUUCUUUCUGUGCAGCCCUUACUGCCUCCCUUCUUGGGAACUUGCCUUCUACCCAUGUGUCUUUAUAAGCUUUUCUCAAAUAAACAUGGAGUGAAAAUCA